AUGAUCGAGAACAGCGGCCCGGAUGACGUCGACUUUGACUGUGAGUAUCCCGGCGGCCCCCCUGACCUCCCAGGAACUCGACCCGGCCUGGACACGGACGGUUCCGACUAUCUUGGCUUCCUCCAGAUGAUGAGGGCGUCGCUGCCCAUGGAUAGGUCACUGUCGAUCGCUGCGGCGGCUUUCAUUUGGUACUUUUGGCCUUUUCCCAUCAACAACAUGGUCAGGCCGGCAGGUACCGCUACGCGACCGAGGAUCCGGCCAACCCCAAGGACGUUCGAGUCCAAGAACCUCGGGGCCGACGCUGCGGCCCUUGCGGUGGUACUGGGCGAGGUGGGCAACAUCGCCUUUGACGUCAUCAGCAUUGUCGAUAAUCGCAAGAAAGCGCCGCUGACCAUCAUGAGCAUUGUCCUGGCGACCGGGGUCUUGGACAAGCCGCAGCUGCGUGAUGGACAUGUGAAAUCAACGUCUCUUGGGCGUUUGUGCUUUCGAACAGUGCCAUUCAUACACGCCUAUCGCUAUUGA